AUGGAUGAGAUCGCCCCCGAAUACGAUGUCAUUGUGCUGGGCACUGGCUUGACCGAGUGUAUUCUCUCGGGUGUCCUGAGUGUCAAGGGCAAGAAGGUGUUGCACAUUGACCGCAACGACCACUAUGGAGGAGAGGCAGCGUCUGUCAACCUCGAAACGCUCUUCAAGAAGUAUGGCAACUUCCAACAAGGCACCGAGCCGUGGAAGGCCUACGGUAGACCCGCCGACUGGAACAUUGACCUGGUGCCCAAGCUCCUGAUGUCCUCCGGCGAGCUGACCAACAUCUUGGUCUCGACCGACGUCACUCGCUACCUCGAAUUUAAGCAGGUUGCCGGCAGCUUCGUCCAGCAGAACUCCGGCUCCAAGGCCACCAUUGCCAAGGUGCCUUCGGAUGCUGGCGAAGCCCUGCGGUCGCCGCUCAUGGGCAUCUUUGAGAAGCGCCGUAUGAAGAGCUUCAUCGAGUGGGUCGGGACCUUUGACGCCAGCGAUGCUGGCACGCACAAGGGACUCGACCUGUCCAAGGCCACCAUGAAGGAGGUUUACGACAAGUUCGGCCUCGAGGCUGGUACUCGGGACUUCAUCGGUCACGCCAUGGCUCUUUACCUCGACGACACCUACCUUGACGCCCCCGGAAAGGCCCCCGAGUCCAUCGAGCGCAUCCGCCUGUACGGCAACUCUGUUGCUCGCUACGGCAAGUCUCCUUACAUCUACCCGCUGUACGGUCUCGGAGAGCUUCCCCAAGGCUUUGCCCGCCUGUCGGCCAUCUACGGAGGUACCUACAUGCUGAACGCAUCCGUCGAUGAGGUCCUGUACGACGGUGGCAAGGCAACUGGUAUCAAGGCCACCAUGGGCGGCAUUGAGCCCGAGAUGAAGUUCGAGACCAAGGCCAAGUUCAUCCUGGGUGACCCUAGCUACUUCCCCAGCAAGGUCAAGGUCGUCGGCCACGUUUUGAAGGCUAUCUGCGUCCUGAAGCACCCCCUGGCCGGCACUGGUGACGCCGACUCUGCGCAGUUGAUCAUCCCCCAGUCCCAAGUUGGCCGAAAGAACGACAUCUACGUUGCCUGCAUUUCGUCGGCGCACAACGUGUGUCCCAAGGGAUACUACAUUGCCAUUGUCUCGACUAUUGCCGAGACUUCGGCCAACCACCACCUCGAGUUGCAACCCGGCCUGGACCGCCUGGGCAAGAUUGAGGAGCAGUUUUUGGGACCCCCUAUCCCGCUGUAUGAGCCCCUUGAGGACGGCACCAAGGAUAAUGUGUUCAUCUCCAAGAGCUACGACGCCACCUCCCACUUUGAGACCACCACAGAUGAUGUCCGAGACAUCUACCGCCGCGCCACGGGUGAAGAGCUCAAGGUCGAGGGUCUGCGCGAGGGCCUGCAGGUUAGCGAGGAGUAG